AUUGGCUGGCGUUUCCAAGGAUUCUGUGGUGGAGCUCUCGAGCACAAUUCCAACAUUGUUCCGCGCGAGUUAGCUGGCUGUCUUGCGCUCGUGCUAGCUUUAGCCAAGUAGGGGAAAAACUUUUAAAAACAAUUUUUAUUACAUUUUAAAACUACAACAAACAAAGGACUGUGAGCUUUAUAUCACGGUAACGAGUCGGACUGAGGAUUUUUAUUUCAUUUUCAAUGGGCGUUUGUUGUGACGUUAAGUUCUUUCUGCGGCUUCAUUCCCAACAGGGGAGUUGAGGCAGGAUGGACGUCCACACAGCGAUCAGAUUGGAUUAGUCUGACGCUCCUCUUGAUGUGGACUGCGGGGAGGUGAAACCAUGGCGACAGGUUGGAGAAAUGAUGAGGAGGAGGCGAGUUACAGUGUCAACGCCCCACUGUGUGAGGACGUGUUUGAGCAGAAGGAGUCUCCAGCGUCUAUGUUCCAGCCGGAGGACGAGGGGUUCUCGUGGCCCGGGCCGAAGACGGUGCGGUUACGGCGUACGGCGCUGGGCUUCGGCUUCACCCUGCGCCACUUCAUCGUGUACCCGCCCGAAUCUGCCGUACAUUCCACUUACAAGGAUGAGGACGGAGAUCAUCGAGGACGAAGCCGGAGCAGACUGGAGCCCAUGGACACCAUCUUUGUGAAGCAGGUUAAAGAGGGUGGGCCUGCACACGGAGCUGGUCUCUGCACAGGAGACCGCAUCGUGAAGGUGAAUGGAGAGAGCAUCAUUGGGAAAACGUACUCUCAGGUCAUCGCAGUGAUCCAGAACAGUGACACCUUUCUGGAACUUAGCGUGAUGCCCAAGGAUGAGGACAUACUACAGCUGGCGUACUCGCAGGAUGCCUACCUUAAAGGUCAUCACGCUUACAGCGGAAACGCUCGCCACAUCCCGAAGCCACCUCCCAUAUGCUACCCACGAGUAGACUGUAAACCCCUCGGGAUGGCCGAGGCGACGGAAAUCACGGCCUCAGGGGGGCUGCAGUCUGAUUUGGGAUACCGCGUGGAGAUACCUGUACCCCCUUCGCCUCCACCUAGGAUCCCGAAGACUCAAACGGCGGUGUGCGUGUGCAACGAAAGUGUCCGGACAGUGGUGGUGCCGGCGGACGUCCACAUGGGUCAUGUGGUUCCUGGAGAGUACAGUCACACGGGUCCCGAUCUGAUGCUGAUGAGAACAAGGUCAUAUGUUCACCCGUGCAAGCCUGACCUGUAUUCUCCAGGUUACCAUGGAGAUUCGUACGCCGUUCCACCGCCUCGUUAUCAUCCAUCUUCUUCCAGCGCGUCUUCGGCUUCCCAUCAGAACAUCGACUGGCGGACGUAUCAGACUUACAGGGAAUACAUUGACCACAAAGGCCUCCACACAUACAGUCGGACGAUUCAGGAGCGCCUGGACAGUUUGCGUGCUGCCGCGGCCGCUUCCCAGACCUCUUCAAACUUUGCGCAAAAAGCCACUUGGGGUAAUAAAAUCCGACGCAGGAGUAUGUCGCAUGACCGGUCGUUUCAAGGACCCCCUAUGCUUCCGCCUCGCAGUGCCUCCCAGGAUCGGAUGACUGGGGCAGAAAGAAUGUCACGAGCGCAAGACUGGCCUCCUCGGAGCGUCUCGUCAGAUGGAAUCAUGCGGAACGCUCGUUUCCAUUCCACGGACUACGUCGAGCAUGGCGAAAUGGCUCUUUGGCCUGUCGAUCUGAGAGGUUACGGCAGGACCGAGCAAGGACCUCGUCCCAAUCGGCAACCCGUUCCCCAGAGACCAGUGAUCUAUCCGCAUUCCUACGGAAACAACGUCCGAGGCAGAUCCGGUCCACAUCAGCUGAGCUGUAGAACGGACAUCCCGCCUCCUGCGGUUUCUUCUGAUAGGAUCUCGCGCGUCGGCAAAAACCAGCCCAAAGAGGCACAGCUGUGUAAAGACCAAAGACUGUUAAGUAAUCAUGUGGCAGUUUCGGUGGCUAGCCUACAGUCUCGGACUCGUGCCGAGACUAUGCAAAGUCCAGAGCCAGUCAAAGAAUCCUCUUCGGGUCAAAGGUCAACCUCUUGCUCGGUGCCUACACCUCAGAGGCAGGCGCAACCCGGAGCCCCGGGGCAGAGGAUCCACCCGCGGGACCUCAAGGGAUUACCGGUGAACGGGUGCAGUCCAGCGGAAGGUGUAGUGAUGCGAGAAAAACCCACUGGAGGUAAAAGCACGCCGCUGCGCCAUCCUUCCUACAUCCAGGCGCAGGAGCAUCAGGACUCCCUGUUCGGCUCUGCUAACUUGAACGAAUCGCUGGACUCCAUCCCCUUCAUCGAUGAGCCAGCGAGUCCGAGUUUGGACCAGGAGGCCAGUCACAUCUCUGCAUUGGCUGUGAUCUCCACGGCUCAGAGCGCAGAGGCCGACUCACCCAGCUCCCACACGCCCAGCCCUCAGAUGCGCAGACAGCUGUCUCACGACCAGGAAUCUCUCAGAAGUGCUAUUCUGGAACAAAGUGGAACCAAAACGGAACGCUCCAAAUCAUAUGAUGAAGGUUUAGACACAUACAGGGAGGAGGGGCGACGGCGUUCCAGUAAGCCCAGUCUGAAGGUGUUCAGGAAGGCUCUCGAUGGACAUAAAUUGUCAGACGACUCCAGUUCCAGGAGAGACUCCAGCUCGGACAUCUUCACUGAUUACUUUAAGGAGGGCUGGCUGCAUUUCCGACAGCUCAACACGGAUAAGAACAAACGUGUGGGUGGAGGAAUGCGGGUGUGGAAGCAGAUGUACGCGGUGUUGCGAGGCCACUCCGUCUUCCUCUAUAAGGACAGGAAGGAGGCUCACGUGCACUCGCAGCUCGACGACGAGCCGCAGCAGGUGAGCAUCAAAGCCUGCCUGAUCGACAUCUCCUACAGCGACACCAAGCGCAAAAACGUCUUCCGGCUCACCACGUCCGACUGCGAGUACCUGUUCCAGGCCGAGAGUCGCGACGACAUGCUGUCCUGGAUACGAGCCAUUCAGGAGAACAGCAAUGACGAGAAUGCCGCUGUGACGAGCACCGACCUGAUCAGCAGGAAGAUCAAAGAGUACAUCUCUAUGAGUGCUCCUACAAGUAAGACGGAAGCUUCACCCAAAGCUUUGCGACAGUCUCUGAGCAUCAAACACACACUGCUGGGGGUCGCGGCGGGGAAGAGUCAGAGCACACACUCUCCCAGGAACGAGCAAGAGAGGAGCAGCAAAGAUGACUCGAGUCCACCGCGGGACAAAGCUGCCUGGAAAAGAGGGAUCCCGGGGCUGAAGAAAAAGCAGCAGGAGAAGAAGCCGGCAGUGGGCGUGACGUUUGGAGUGCGACUGGACAACUGUCCUCCUGCACACAACAACAGGUUUGUGCCUCUGAUAGUGGAGGUGUGCUGUAAGCUGGUGGAGGAGAGGGGGUUGGAGUACACAGGGAUCUACAGAGUCCCCGGGAACAAUGCAGCCAUCUCCAGCAUGCAGGAGGAGCUGGACACUAAGGGCCUGACCGACAUCGACCUCCACGACGACAAAUGGCGGGAUCUAAACGUCAUCUCCAGUUUACUCAAGUCGUUCUUCAGGAAGCUCCCAGACCCUCUGUUUACUAACGAGAAGUAUUCUGAUUUUAUCGAUGCUAAUCGAACGGAGGAUGGUGUGGAGCGAUUAAAAACGCUGAAGAGACUGAUCCAUGAGCUUCCUGAGCAUCAUUAUGAAACCCUGAAGUUCCUGUCUGGCCAUCUGAAGACUGUCUCUGAGAAUUGUGAGAAAAACAAGAUGGAGCCACGUAACCUGGCCAUUGUGUUUGGCCCAACGCUAGUCAGAAGCUCGGAGGACAACAUGACCCAUAUGGUCACUCACAUGCCUGAUCAGUACAAGAUCGUGGAGACGCUCAUUCAGCAGUACGACUGGUUCUUCUCAGAAGAUGGAGAUGAGGAACCUGUAACAUCAGUGGAGCAGGAGAGUACGGUACAGUCUCAGCCUGUUCCCAACAUUGAUCACCUGCUGACCAACAUCGGCCGCACGGCUCCCUCACCUGGAGACGUCUCAGAUUCAGCCACCAGUGACUCUGCCAAAUCAAAGCAGGGCUCCUGGGGCUCGGGUAAAGACCAGUACAGCAGAGAGCUGCUGCGCUCGUCCAUCUUCGCCAGCCGCAAGCGCAAAAAACCCAAAGACAAACCUCAGAUGAGCAGCUCAGAGGACGACCUGGACGCCAGCUUCUCCAAGAAAGAGCUUCAGGACGAGAGCGAGCCGAAGAGCGAGCGCAACGAGGAGGUCAAGAGUAAGGCAGGAGUGUGUGUGCGCGAUCGUGUAGAAAAGCCUGACGACGUCAGCCAGAGAUCGGAAAAGAGCAUCGUCAAUGUCCCGACCGAAUUCAAAUCCGACAUCGUUCCUCUGAAACCGGCGCAGUCCGAUAAAUCCGGCGAGUCUCCGAAAAAACACAGAGCGCACAGAGAACGAGAAUUGGUGCGGCAGAAUUCACUCUCGGAUCCGCCCUCGACCUCGUAUGACGAGGGCUGCGUUUCGGAUUUGGGAACGCUGAACAGCACCAGCUCUCAGGCGUCCGGCCCCAGGAUCCGGCAGGGCAGAAUUCCAGGUCCCUGGAUGGAGAGCGCAGGAGCGGAGGUGUGUUCCAUCACAUCAGAUUACUCCACCACGUCGUCCAUGACAUUCCUGAUGGGGAUAGAGUCUACUGCGCUGAGUCCGGCUCACGACGCUGACGACGAGAGGAGCGAGCUCAUCAGCGAAGGCAGGAACAUCGAUUCGGACAGCGAGAGCAACUUAUCCGUGUUCGCGCUCGCCAGAGACGACAACAGGUCUGAAGACGUUUCAUCUGUGCGGGAAGAAGGCGGAGUCACGCCUUUUCAGAAUUCCCCUGGCCUCCUGGUGUCGCAGCGCAUCGUCGCAGGCGACACAUUAGCACGGAAGAGAGGAAGCCGGCAAAAAACGGACAGCGAGUCAUCGACGGAUGGCAUGCGCAGCGAUAAAGAGUCGAGGACUUCCAAAAUGCUGGAUGUCGUCAAGGGGAAAAACGGUGAAAACGAACCCAUCUGGCGAAUCAAAAUCACCGACCGCCUCAAGUGUCGACUCCGCGCCUCCGCCGACGACAUGUUCGGCGUCGGAUCGCAGCGCACCAGAUCUCCAGAAACGCGCAGCAAACGCAAGACCAACAUACGCCGCCGCCACACCAUGGGCGGACAGAGAGACUUCGCGGAGCUGUCAGUCAUCACCGGGGCCGAGCUCUCUGCCAUGGAUCGCUUAAAACCCAAAUGCAGCUCGCAGGACUUUUCCAUCGCCGACUGGAUUGUCAGGGAGCGCCACCGCACCAGCAACCCGGAAGUCAGCCUGGAAAACUCGGACCUGUUCUCCGCUGGGGCCUCGGGGUCCAGUUCGGGAAUGUUAAAUGGAGACGCGGCGAUGGCGGCUCAGCUCAAAAGCUCCAGCUUGGCCUCCGACGCUCAUCCACACAAACUGUCCGGGGCGCAGGUGGUGCGCUCGCGUUUUUAUCAAUAUCUGUGAACGGAUGAAUAGAAUUCUGAUACAGACUGAAGCGUAUGUGUGUGUGUGAGAGAGAGAGAGAGUGAUUGAGUGAGUGUAAGGUACUUAAAACGACGAGUUAUUUUUUUAUACGAGGUUAAUAAAAAUUUUUAAAAAAAAACGAAGAAGGACGGUACUGAUGCCGGUUUCUGACAGUCAGGAGGAGGAGGAAGAGGAAGGAGGUGAUGGCGGAUAACGUUUUUCUCCUCUUUCUGACUCCCAGAAUCUGUUUUUAAAUAUUUCCUCCCUCUAAAAAAUUAAUUCUGAUCUGACUCGAGGUCUCAGAGUGAAGAGAAACCUCUCUCUGGUGCGCGCGGAUAGACCUGACGGAGCCCCGGGGUAACUGGACCUUUUAAUGAUUCCACUGGAAUGAAGCUGUGUGGUCAGGCGUGGUGCUGCUGCUGCUGCUGAUGAUGAUGAUGAUGAUGAUGAUGAUGAUAAUUCGGGAUGGGGAUGUGGGAAGGUAAACAGGUGGUGUUAUAUUCUCAGAUGACGUGGGCAUGAAUGUGAAAAGUUUUAAAGACGACUUGUUCUGGGAAGUGUAAGAAGGUCUCAACUCAACCAAAAUGAAGAAUGUAUCUAAUCUGCUUGCUGUAACGCUUCAUUUGCGCUAUUUCUCUUUUUUUAUUUGUACAUAGCCCCUUUGUUUUAAUGUACUUGAAAUGAUUUUUUUUUCUCCUUUGUUUGAACUUCUUUGUGUAGUGUGAUGAUUUAAAAAAAAAAAAAAAAUGUAUAUAAUUAAGGCCUCUCUGUUGCAGCCGCUUAUCUAAUUCUGUCAUACGACCAUCAAAAAAAAGAAGAAACUAUUUAAAGAAGAAAAAUUUGUGAUAAAAUGUAGGCACUAUUUUCCGUAAGUAAUCUCUAUCCGCUGUACGUGCUCGAUUCGAACAAUUUUUUUAAAAACGCUUUCCUGCACCAAGAAACAAAUCAUAAAUCCUUUUACUCCGAACUCACUCGCUUGUAAUGGAUGAUGAAGCGUAAGGGCUUGAGAUGUCGAUGUUGAAGCGGUCAGUAAACGUUUAAAAUGUGCGAUGAUUCGUAGCGGGCGAUGAAUGAAAUCUGCUGUUACGUAGUUUUAUCACCGCGGUGAAAAGUAGUUCCGGUUGCUUUUACGCCUUCCUGAAGGUUUUGCGGUAUUAAUACGCCAUCGCAAGCGAUAGACUGAACGGUAGUUGCUUGUUUUCUAGGUAUGUGUUUUGAGAUUUUCGCACUUCUACGCAAACAAGUAUGACGUUCCGUCGCUUACGAAUUUAGUUCUGCCUGCAAUUAGUUCACGCAGAUACGAAAGGAAAAAGUAGCGUGGGUGUGUAUACGACGUGUCUUUUAAAUGUGUGUAGAGACGUUAUGAAGAACGAUAAAGUUUGAAAGGAAGUAGCGGCGGUCGUUGGUACGCUCUGGUGAGUGUAUGUAUGUAGGUAGUACAGCUUGCUUGGCUUUUCUGAUCCAAUCCGAGAAAGGAGUUCGUACGAAGCCGAGCACGUAACGUAAACCGAACAACAGGUUCACACUUAUUAGCGCAUUAUUUAAUUUGCAUAUAACCAGCUAGCUUUAAUAUAUAGGUGCUACAAUUUCUCGUUCAAGCUUGGAAAAACUGGACAGGCCACGCCUACAGGAAGUGACAAACUAUAAGUGAUGUUUUAGUACAGAUUUAAAGCUGAAUAUUUAAUGAAAGCGUUCCUACGAAAACAUGUUUUGCAUAAUCGUUUUUUUAUUUUUUGUACGAGUUUGGAGUAAAACGGAUCUUCGGUUCUUUUCUCGUUGCAGGGAAAAGUGACGUGAUGAGACAAAGUAACAAACACUAAACAUCAAAAACAUCGCCGUGUUUCUCUGAAACAGAACACGCACCUUCUCUUUAUUUUCUUGCAUUCCACUUUGGUCUUAAUGUUUUUUUUGUUUUGUUUUGUUUUGUUUUUUUUUUAAAGAGAGAAAAUUUGUUUCAAUGUUUUAGAGGUUUGUGUAAAAUAAUUUAAGUGUAAGUACGGCAGCGGCGCAUCUCUCCCUCACGUCAUUCGCCAGUUCUGUAAGUGUUGUGUAGAUAGCUGGACCGAGGGACCAGACUGUACCAUGUGCAUCAUCUCCGUGUGUGUGUGUGUGUGUGUGUGUGUGUGUGUGUGUGUGUGUGUGUGUGUGAGAGAGAGAGUGAGAGAGAGAGAGAGAAAGAGAGGUCUUGUUUUUCAAUCAUGCCCUGUCUGCUUCAAACGUGGACAAAUGAAACACUGGAAAAAAAAACAAAACAAAUAAAAGCCGCUUUGUGUCUGACCAGGA